AUGUCCACUCCACGCGGUGGCAAUACUGGACGCCAUGACGCUACUAAAGAGGGUGGCCAGGCAGAUGGAAACAAUAAUGUGGCCGAGGAUGGCAGUGAAGACGAUAUAGUUCUCGAUGCCCCCACCAUGACGGACCUGCUCCCUAUGCAACAGCCCCAGAACGGUGAGGGACCUGGAGUACACGAAGGAGGUCCCUGGAACGGUAACUCCUUCGCAGGCCUCCACGAGCCUCUUCUGUCUCCCAUUGACGAAGCUCCUCACAAUGGGUUGCCCGCCAGUAACCUCGAAUCUCCCUACGAUCCGAUCGACAACUGGUUACACUCCGUGGACCCUCCGAUUACACACCUCCUCCAUCUACUCGGCCUACAGGAGGAUAGGGAUCGUCUCCAGAGACGCCCGACAAGGAAGAACCACAAGCACAAGCACAAGCCCCAACAGCGGAAACUCCCCGCAUCUCUUAACUACAUGCUCGCCUUCAUCUACCUUGCGUACUUAAUGAUGACGCUUCUUCUAGAGACCGUCCCAGCUUUCGAGGAUACAUGGAUUGAAUGUCUUGGUGACUUGGGCAGGUACCGAAUGGCUAUCGAGGACGACAAUGGCAAGAAUAGGGAGAUUAAUACGUCGCUCGUUAGUGGUAUUUGA